AUGUGCGUCCGAAAAUUCGACAAUUUCAACACGAACAAUCUCUGGCUGAGCCUGGUGCAGGCGAAAUGUUUGCUUGAACAACAACGAAUUCGUAUGGAUUUGAUCGUUAAUCAAAAGACACUAAAGGACGGACGAAGAGUGAUCCAGCUUGAGGAGGCGGCUGGUGCAGCGAUUCAAAGCUUUUCCAACCCCCGAGGUGUGUAUUACCGCAAGUCUACAGCCGCGAAAUGGCAAGACUUUCGAAAUUAA